AUGGCAGCCAGCGAAAUGCCAAACGAACCAGCGCGUCAAUUGUUAGCAGUAGGUGAAGAACUCGAGGCAAAUUUUGAUGCCAUUGCCAAAAGAACAGAAAUCACUACUGAAGCCGGAAGAAUAGUUCGCUCGUUCGGCAACUUGUUAAACACCAAACCAACGGUGGAACGCUACCAAGACGACAGAGCAGAAAGAUACAGCCAAACUAGCCGGCUAAAUCGAUUAAUACAAGCGAUUGAUGAUACUUUAAAAUGGCUGGAACACAGCGGCCAAACGUAUGGGAAAAAGCAAGAGCAAGUUCUGCGGGCUCUGUAUAAUUUAACAGGUAGGCGCCCGAAUUAUUUAUAUUGCUGUAAAUUUUAGACUGUAUUAUAGAGACAUUUCAGAUAGCAAAGCAAUCCGCGUCCCCAGUUCAUGUUACCAGGUGUACCUUCAUCAUGUACGUCAUCUUACAAUGAAUUUGCUUGGUUCGCGAGACGGGCAAAUUAUCCCGCGAAGAACAGAGAAUAUGGCCAGGGGAAGCACAUUUCUUACUAAAUCCACCCCCUCCCUACAGACCCUUCUUAUGCAUAGGUAUAUAUCUUUGUUUUCAUAAAUAUUUGGACAUAUAGAGGCAUAACAGAAAUAUACAUUCUAAAUAAAAAGAAUAGAACAGGGAAUAGGAAAUAUGGCCGGGGGAGCAAAUUGCUUAGGAAAUCCCCCCUCCCCACUUAUGUAUAGGUAUAUACUGUAUGUUUGUUUUCAUAGAUAUUAAUUUGGACAUAUAGAGGCAUAACAGAAAUAAUUUUAAUUAAAAAAAGUGUAACUAAAACAAUUUCGACACAUUUUAAAAGAAUUCGUCCGACCUUGUAGUAUACUAGGACGGACGAUCCGUCUCACCAUGAUCAAUCUUGACCAGGGGUUGAAAUGACUGCAGGGGUGGCACCAAGGGUGUGUGUGGAGGUGGAACACCCCCAGUCGUCAGGUAGUCGGCAAAUUAUUGAAUCCCAGUCGGCAAAUUGUUUUCGUAUUCGGCAAAACACGAAUUGGAUAGGAAGGGAAAAAUCUAAAAACUAAAAAAACUUUUGUAAUUUGCAGAGACUCCUCCUCCAAAAUUGAUCAGGAAAAAGAAAUGUUAAUUAGUGGUUCAAAUGACUCGGCAAAUUUCGCUUACACCACCCCAUUCAAAUAGGGCUAGCACUUAGCCUGAAUGACCGGGCGCGCCAAUUCGCCAAAUUUUUUUUCGUCUGGCGACUAGAUAUUUACUUAAAGGUAUCCUUGUGGUGACUGAGAAAAAAUCUUAAAUGAUAAAUUCAUUCUUAAGACUUAAAAUAUCUAUAUUGUUCAAAAUUAUUUCAUUCCGCUUUUUCGGAAAAAUCCCAGGGCAUAUUAAAUAUAAACAACUGUUUUUUACGACGCAUCUUUUUCUUUACCUCAUAUAGAGCUUGGCAACCACGCUCAUCUUUUUGCCAUAAUGGAGUUGGCCUGUGCGUGCCUCAACACACCCGAGGAUCCGUUUCCCGGCCAACGUCAAUAUAUUGUCCAAUGCCAUGAAGAUGUCAAAAUGCAACAGGAACAAAUUGCCUCUUUGGUGGAACAAGCCAGUGGUCUGAUGAACGAAAUCCUGCAACACAAAGAAGUUGAUUAUUUGAAAGGGAGACAGUUUGACAACGUUGUCAGAGAAGCUACGGUCCUUAUUGAAUCGUGCAAACGUCGGCUCAAUGGCGCCGAGCAAGCAAUUUCUGAGCUUUCACAAAAAAUGAGCUCAGUGAAUUGGGCCUCGCGUGCUAUACGUGCAACAG